CUCCUUAAAAGCUUCUUUGCCGAAUUCUUUUAUAGAACCCUUCUCCUCCUCUCUGCGUAUAAAACCAAGCUCUGCAGCUAUCUCCUCUCCCCUCAAGCUCUCAUCCAAACAUAAAACAAAUUCGAAGAAAAAGAAAGAAGAAAAGUUGCUUCAGAGAUGGAAGUAGUGAUACCAGUUCAGGAACUCCAUCUCAACAGCAAAACUAGAACAGCUUAUAUGAGCUCCUCUUCCAGUCCAAAGCGCUUCACCUGCGACUCCAGUGGAUUCCAUCGCCGUCACGCCGCCGCCCCCACCAGCCCAGCCACGACCGUCGCCGGCGGGGGAUACUGCUCAUUGCUAGCUACGGAAGAGGAAGAUGACGACUUCGCUUUCGAUUUCAGCGGCCAUCUCGAUAAAAACGCUCCCCCGCCGCAGCUUACAACCGCCGAUGAAUUAUUCUAUGAAGGUAAAAUACGCGCCCUCAAAUUCCCCGUCGGUCUCUGCUCUCCAGACACCACCCACCGCAUCGGCGCCAAAAGCUCCGACCCUUUCUCCACCUCCAUGGCCGAACCGAAUCGAGAAACCCGAAGCCGAAACAGAGCCCCUUCCCUUUCCUCCCGAAGCCGAAAGGGAUCCCGUUCCCUCUCUCCAUUGCGAAACGAAAUCCAUCUCAAUAAUCCUUCCCCAACCCGCUGCAAAACCGAGGAAGAAAACACCAUCAGCAGCAAGAAAUGGAGCUUCAAAGAUCUUCUUCUCUUCCGCAGCGCUUCCGAGGGGAGAGCUACAGGUGAUCGGAACAAGGACGUAUUGCGGAAGUACACGGCGGCUUGUUUGGCGUCCAAAGGUAAGAAGGGAAGCGGAGGGGAUGAGUCGAGGAGUUCGAGUUCCCGGUGGGCAUCAUCGCCGCACGCGAUGCAUUAUGCGGCGAACAGGGCGGCGGCGGAGGAGAUGAAGAAGAAGACGGCGUUGCCGUACAAAGAUAGUUUUUUAAAUUGGCUGAGAUAUGCUCCGGCGUUGCGGAGCUUCGGUAGUACGGCCGGUCGGGGGAAAAGCAUGGGCGGGUCGAAAUCUAUGCCGCGGAUAAGAGAUGGAAAUUAAUUGGGGAAAAUAUAUAAAAAAAGGAUAUUUUUAUAGAUUUUUUUUAAUAAGAUGAGUUUUAAAAUUAUUACUUUUAGUUUUAAGAUAAAUAUGAUAUAAAUUUUGAUUAAUUUAUCAUAUAUUAUAUUUAUCUUAAAAUAAAUUUAAUAAUUAUAAAAUAUAUCUUAAUUAAAUCAAAUCAAAUCAAAAUAUCCUGACCCAAAUUUCUUUUAAUUAAUUAGCAAUGCUUGUUGUAAAUAAACAUAAGUUUGUAUGUGUGAGUGUAUUAAUGUCUUGUUUUUGGAAAUGAAAAAAAAAAGUGU